CUGGCAACACUGUAAGAAGAGGGCCUCCAUCAUGGUAUACAUACCAUGGCCUCCAUUAUCGUUCCAGCCACUCGACCGACUAGAAGUCUCAAAGUAAAUUUGAAGAGAGGUUGAAGGAAGAGAAGUUUCGGAGUUUACCGUGAUUUUCCAGCAUGGCAGAGUAUCUGGAUUCCGAGGCGGACGUGAGCGAGGGUGAGGAGGAAUUGGAUCAAAAUGAGAAGAGGAAGUUGAAAAAGCUAAAGGCGAUGGAGGAGAGCGAUGACGAGGAAGAAGAUGAUGAGGAUCAGUUACGUGAAGAGCUAAAAGAUUUGAUAGAUGAUAAUCCUAUUGAGGAAAGCGAGGGAGAAGAUAGCGAUGGUUCUAAUCAUCACAAGAAACGUAAAAAGAGUGAUGACGAAGACUUCGAUGAUCGCUUAGAAGAUGAGGACUAUGAUUUGAUUGAGGAAAAUUUAGGUGUUAAAUUUGAGAGAAAACGUUUCAAACGUCUUCGAAGGAUUCAAGAUGAAGAAUCGGAGGAAGAGCAGGAGAAGGAAGCUGAUGAGGAGAGAGAUGCUAUUGCCAACGAAUUGUUUGAAGGCUCCGGAGAUGAAAGGGAUAUUAUCACGGAGGACGAGAGGCGAAGUGAACGAAGUCACAGACCAGAUGCAGAUAACUUCCUUCUAGCAGAGGAAGGUAGUGACGAAGGAGAGUACACUGACGCGGAUGAUUUCAUUGUCGAUGACGAUGGCAGACCUAUUGCAGAGAAAAGGAAGAAAAAGAAGCCUAUAUUUUCUGACGCAGCGUUGCAAGAAGCACAGGAUAUUUUUGGCGUUGAUUUUGAUUAUGACGAAUUUGGUAAAUAUGGUGAGGAGGAUUACGAAGAGGAAGAGGAGGAGGAGGAGGAAGACGAAUACAUGGAUGAGGAUAUCGAUACUGAGAGACCGCGGCGGCCGAAGAAACAAUUGAAGAAAAAGACCACGAGAAAGAGCAUCUUCGAGAUUUACGAGCCCAGCGAAUUGAAGCGCGGCCAUUUUACCGAUAUGGAUAAUGAGAUACGUAACACAGACAUACCGGAAAGGAUGCAAUUGCGAUCUGUACCGGUCACGCUGGUUCCGGAAGGUUCCGACGAAUUGGACCUCGAAGCCGAAUGGAUUUAUAAGCAAGCCUUUUGCAAACCCACGAUCUCCAUUCAAGAUGCUCACCUGAACGCCGAAGCUAAGGAACGGGCGCGAAAGGGACCGCAGACCAUUGGCAAAAUCAAGAAAGCCUUGGAUUUUAUGCGCAAUCAACACUUCGAAGUUCCCUUUAUUUCUUUCUACAGGAAGGAGUAUGUCUUGCCGGAGCUGAACAUCAACGACCUGUGGAAGGUGUACAAGUUCGACGCAAAGUGGUGUCAGUUGCGUCAGCGGAAGGAAAAUCUGCUGAAAUUAUUCGAGAAAAUGCGAAACUAUCAACUUGACGAGAUCAUGAAGAAUCCGGACGCGCCGCUCUCGGAGGAUGUCCGAGUGAUCAAGGAUGAGGACAUCGAGCGAUUGAAGAACGUGCAGACGAGCGAGGAGCUUAAUGACGUGUAUCACCACUUUAUGCUGUACUACAGCCACGAGAUCCCGACUAUGCAGGAAGCGGUGCGACAGAAAGAAAAGGAGGCGCGUCGUGAGGCGAGAAUUCAGCGGCGCAAGCAACAGAUCGCGGAGGCAGAGGAGAACGGCGAGGAUCCACCGGAAGAGGACGACGCGCUGGAGGAGGAAGAAGUCGAUGAAACGUUGAAGCAGGCGGUGAGGAGUGGCCCGUACUCGAUUUGCCGUAAGGCCGGUCUGGACGGCUUGGCAAAGAAGUUUGGUCUAACGCCCGAGCAUUACGCCGAGAAUCUGCGUGAUAAUUAUCAGCGUCACGAGGUGGAUCAGGAACCGACGGAGCCGACGACGAUCGCGAAUGAGUACUGCAGUGCGCGAUUUCAGACUCCCGAAGAAGUGGUGAAGGCCGCUCAGCUGAUGGUGGCGAUUCAACUUGCACGCGAGCCGCUCGUGCGUAAAUGUGUGCGCGAAAUGUACAUGGAGCGCGCCAAGAUCUCCGUGCAGCCGACGAAGAAGGGCAUCAAAGAGAUCGAUGAGAAUCACCCCGUCUAUACGAUGAAGUAUUUGAAGGACAAACCGGUGCGCGACCUCGAGGGCGUGCAAUUUCUGAAUCUGAUUAUUGCUGAGGAAGAUAAACUCAUCACGAUUACUCUCAGUGACAGUAUCGAGGGUAACACCAGCGGUAACUAUGUUGACGAGAUGAAGCAGCUUUAUUGUCGGGAUGAGUUCAGCAAGCUUGUGCAGGAUUGGAACGCCUUGCGCGUCGGUAGCGUCGAAAUUGCACUCAAUCGCAUGGUAAUACCGCAUUUGAAGAAGGAAUUGCGCACGAAUCUGAUUGCCGAAGCGAAGGAGUGCGUGAUGCGCGCGUGCUGCCGCAAGAUGUACAACUGGAUCAAAGUCGCGCCGUACAGUUGCGAGUUUCCCGAGGAGGAGGACGACGAGUGGGAUACUAGCAAGGGUCUGCGCGUCAUGGGCCUAGCCUACGUGCCUGAUUAUUCUCAGGCGGCUUUUACCUGCUUGAUCGCCGCCGACGGCGAGUGCACCGACUACCUGCGUCUGCCGCACUUGAUGAAGCGCAAGAACAGCUAUCGCGAGGAUGAAAAGAUUAUGAAAGAGGCUGAUUUAGUAGCGCUGAAAAACUUCAUAGCUACGAAAAAGCCUCAUGUCGUCGUGGUGGCAGGCGAGUCCCGGGAAGCGAUGAUGAUUGCCGCUGACAUUAAAGAAUGCGUUACCCAGCUAACGGAGGGAGAGCAGUUCCCCAAUAUCCAAGUGGAGAUUUGCGACAACGAGCUCGCGAAGAUCUAUUCUAACAGUAACAAAGGUGUCUCGGAGUUCCGGGACUAUCCAGAGUUGCUGCGCCAGGCCAUUUCGUUGGCGAGGAGGAUGCAGGAUCCAUUGGUGGAAUUUUCUCAGUUGUGCACGGCGGACGAAGAGAUCCUCUGCCUCAAGUAUCAUAAUCUACAGGAUCAAUUGCCAAAGGAAGAACUACUGGAGAAUUUAUAUUUGGAAUUUGUCAAUCGCGUGAACGAAGUUGGCGUGGACGUGAACAAGGCGGUGCAACAGGCAUACUGUGGCAAUCUCGUACAGUUCGUCUGCGGUUUGGGCCCGCGAAAGGGUCAAGCAUUGAUUAAAAUGCUGAAGCAGACGAAUCAACGACUGGAGAACAGAACACAAUUGGUUACCGCUUGCCAUAUGGGACCGAAAGUGUUUAUCAAUUGUGCCGGUUUCAUCAAGAUUGAUACCAACAGCUUGGGCGACAGCACCGAGGCGUACGUAGAAGUACUCGACGGCUCGCGCGUGCAUCCCGAGACCUACGAAUGGGCUAGAAAAAUGGCGGUUGACGCGUUGGAAUACGACGACGAGGAUGCGAAUCCUGCCGGCGCCUUGGAGGAGAUUCUUGAAUCACCGGAACGUUUGAAAGAUCUCGAUCUCGACGCUUUCGCGGAGGAACUUGAACGACAAGGCUUCGGCAACAAGUGCGUCACUCUGUACGACAUAAGAGCCGAGUUGAAUAGUCGGUACAAAGAUCUUAGGGUGCCGUACCAGUCUCCGAGUGCAGAGAAGUUGUUCGACGUCUUGACGAAGGAGACACCCGAAACUUUCUAUGUUGGCAAGCUGGUAUUGGCUACUGUAGUUGGCAUAAGUCACCGGAAACCGCAGGGUGAUCAGCUCGACCAGGCGAAUCCAGUGCGAAAUGAGGAAAGUGGCUUAUGGCAGUGUCCGUUUUGUCUGAAGAAUGACUUUCCCGAAUUGUCGGAAGUGUGGAAUCACUUUGAUGCUGGUGCUUGUCCGGGCAAAGCCACGGGUGUGAGAUUGCGUCUGGACAAUGGAAUAUCGGGCUACAUCCAUAUCAAGAACUUGUCUGAUCGACACGUCACAAAUCCUGGCGAGAGAGUUGGUAUGGGACAAAUCAUCCAUUGCCGUAUUAUCAAGAUCGAGGUGGAUCGAUUCAGCGUCGAGUGCACCAGCAAGAGCAGUGAUCUCGCUGACAAGAAUCACGAAUGGAGACCGCAACGAGAUCCAUUUUAUGACACCGAAGCCGAGCAGAAAGACAUGAAAGUGGAGGAGGAUGCGAAGAAAGCAAAGCAACGGCAGAUCUACGUGAAGCGUGUGAUUGUCCAUCCAUCCUUCCACAAUAUCAGCUUUGCAGAGACUGUGAAGUUGAUGCAGACGAUGAAGCAGGGGGAAGCAAUAGUGAGGCCCAGCAGCAAAGGUGCAGAUCACUUGACAGUCACGUGGAAGGUCACUGAUGACAUAUUACAACACAUUGACGUUCGCGAGGAGGGCAAGGAAAAUGCCUUCUCACUGGGACAAAGCUUGUGGAUUGGCAACGAGGAGUUUGAGGACUUGGACGAGAUCAUCGCGCGACACGUGAAUCCCAUGGCCGGUUACGUCUCCGAAUUAUUGGACUUCAAAUAUUACAAGCCCACCGUAGAAGGAAUAAAGGAUAAAGCAGAAGACAUUCUGAAGGAACAGAAGAAGGAGAACCCUAAUGGAAUUCCCUAUAUAGUAUCGGCGGCCAAGAACUAUCCUGGAAAGUUCUUACUCUCGUACUUGCCGCGCACUCGCUGCCGCCACGAGUACGUCACAGUGACAGCCGAAGGCUACAGAUUCCGGGGACAGAUGUUUGGUAGAGUAAGCGACUUGUUACGCUGGUUCAAGGAACAUUUCAGAGAUCCAGUCCCCGGACAAUCCACUCCUAGCACUCCGCGCGGCGCGAUGACUUCUAGAACACCGUACACUACACCGGGAGCAGUGAGCGGAAUGAAUCAAGAAGCAAUACAGCGGGUGGCUCAGAAUCUACCGCAUCACAUGCUGCACUCAUUGUCGCAAGUUGCAAAUCAGACGCCUCAUCACUAUCCACCGCACACUCCGGGAGCGACUGGUGCCGCCGGUUACGGCGGAGUACAUACGUAUCAAAACACGCCAUACACGCCGUCUGGCCAGACACCGUUCAUGACUCCGUAUCAGACGCCACAUCAUACGCCGCACCACGGCCAACCUACUCCCAGAUACGGUCAACAGACUCCCAGCCAUCAAGGGCCUUUCGUGCACCCACCACCGCCCUCGAUGACUCCCGGUCACCACAGAUCCGCUCAAUCACACAGACCUACGCCGCCCUUAUCUACUCCUUCCGGCGAUCCGACGGAUUGGAAGAAGGCGGCUGAGGCAUGGGCACGACUAAAAAGUGGUCCUCGAAUCUCUGGGUCCACGCCUAGGUAUGACGAAUCCAGGAAGACUCCGCGUAGCUAUGACGAAUCGGCCGGCAGAACAACGCCUUCCGGAAGAAGCAGACCCUCUUCCACGCGAACUCCGUCGUACAAGUCCCCGCGGGGUACUCCACACACGAAUUCUAGUCCACGGAGUAUGUCUCUCAGCGGGGAUGGUACCCCCCUAUAUGACGAGAGCUAACAAGAUCAUCGUCGUACGUUGCUUAUAGUCGAUUAUAUUUAUUAGCUACGUCAUAUCAUGCUACGGCAAAUCGUGUGUCGUGCGUUUGUCGCGUCUGUCGAAAAUGCAACAUUUCGAGAAACGAUCAAGAGCGUCGAAUCGAUGCCGACACGCGACAUGCACAUAAUGAAUUCUUCCAUUUUCCUGCAUGUGAGAUUCCGUUCAAGAAAAGAACCAUCGAGUGGCCACCGUAAGCUACACAACCCGCAAUCUACGUAGCUUAUAGCAAAUUGUCGCGUGAUCGCGUCGAUGUGAUUUAUUUUGCAGCUUCGCGAUUUCUCUUCCUAUGUACAUAAAAUCUAAUCUUUAUAUGUAUUUAACCCCAAGAAGUCACGCAGGACGCUGGAUUACUUAAUGUUAGGAUCUGGCAGUUCUCAGCAAUUUUGUCAACUCAUUUUUACAUGUAUUGGUGACAUCAAUAAAAUAUAUUGCAAUUAUAAA